AUGACAGACUCCAGUGCACCUUCACAGGUUUUUCAGGAAUCGACUCCGGAUAAGGAUCUGGAACAGCCAAUCGCACCUGAUCAGAUUGAUGUGAGAUACUGUACCACAAAAUGGGAAAUAUGGGCAUACUAUGCUUAUUAUAUUGGAAACAAUGGAUUAUCUCUAUUCAACUUCGGCCCAACUGCAUUCCAAAACCUACUCAGCCAAGCCGCAGGCGAUAGCGGAACCCUCUAUUUCGCAGGACGACAGCGUUCCAUCAAUAGUAUCGUACUUCUCAGCAAUGGAAUUUCGUUCGCCAUCCAAGUGGUCAUCUUUCUAGUCAUUGGCAGUUUCGCCGACUUUGGUACAUGGCGACCCAAUAUCUUGAUCACCCUUUCAAUAAUCGCAUAUGCUAUCGGCUUCGGCUGGCUCGGCGUCCACACGGCAGACAAAUGGCACGUCGGCGUGGGACUAUACAUCGUUGGCUUAAUCGCCUAUCAAACGACGCUGACCUUUUGGACGGCAGCAUUCCCGGGUUUGGCGCGCAAUACACCUGAAAUGAAAGCAAAAGCCGAUGCCUACACCGCGGGAGCGAUAUCGCGUGAUGAAUACGACCAGGCCGAUACGAUAGAGCGGAGUAGGUUGGCGAACAUCGCUUUCUAUGUCCAGUCUUGUGCCGAGGUGGUCAUCCUUGCGAUUAUUGUGGGUAUCAUGUUUGGAGUGCGUGUCAAUGCAAGUGAGGAAAAUAAUAAUUGGGGCUUGAGUGUUCUGAUUGCCUUUGCGAGUGGUGUGUGGCUGCUCGUUUCGUUGCCUUGGUUCUUCCUUGAGAAGCGUCGGCCAGGUCAGGAUCCGCAGGGGAGAAAUAUCUUCGUUGCGGGUCUGUGGCAGCUUUAUUAUGCUGCGAAGCAGGUGUGGAGGUUGAAGCAGAGCUUGCUUUAUCUUGUUGGAUAUUUCCUCUUGGGCGACUCAUUGAACACAACUGUGACUGUGAUAUCGACCUUGCAGAACAGUGUGGUCUCUUAUAACACUCUAGAAUUGACUUAUCUCCUGAUCGCUGGAAUCGCAGCUCAGGCAGUGGGGAUUUACGGUUUCUGGUUCAUCCAGCAACGCUUCAAGCUCGGCACCAAAACCAUGUUCAACACCAUUGCCGUCGCAAUUAUAUUACUCGACGGCUGGGGCAUGAUAGGCAUCUGGACACAGAAAUUUGGUUUCCACCAUGGUUGGGAGUUCUGGCUCUACCAAGUAUAUUACGGCCUUUUCGUUUGCCCAUGGUAUAGUUACUCGCAAAUCAUGAUCUCCGAAGUCGCACCCCGAGGCCACGACUUCCUCUUCUUUAGUUUAUUCAGUAUCGUUGGCAAGACCUCGUCGUUCAUUGGGCCUCUGGUCUCGAGUGCUAUUAUCGAUGCGACCCCGUCUGGAAACGCCUCGAUGCCUUUCUACUUUCUAUUUGGGCUGAGCGUGGCCAGUUUUGCUGUUUUAGCGAUCUGGCUGGAUCUAAAGAAGAGCCGACGAGAGCAGGAGCAGUUUCUUCAGGGUAAGGAGAGGAAUGGGUCGGAAGACAUGUAA